AUGUUUUCCAGUACGAAGAGUCAUGAGGAGGAUUCCAAGCUUGAAAGUCAAAGAAUCCCGCAUUGGAAGAUGAUUCUUGAGCCGGGGUUUGUUACCCGGGAAAUUGCCGAGUGGAGCUAUCGGGGCGCGGGUACUACAGAAGACCCUUAUAUUGUUGAGUGGAUAGAGAAUGAUCCACGAAAUCCCAUGGAGUGGUCAAGCGUCCACAAGUGGAUUCUCACCGUUUGCAUGGGCUUCGCAACCCUUUCUAUUUCUCUUGCCUCUUCUGCAUAUUCUGGAGGUAUCGAGGAAAUCAGAGCUGAGUUCCGUGUCAGCGGAGAAGUCGCCACGCUCGGAUUGUCCUUGUUUGUUCUGGGGUUUGCCUGUGGGCCUCUCCUUUGGGCGCCCUUUUCAGAAUUAUACGGUCGGCAGCCUGUUUUCUUCGGGACCUUCCUUGCCUUUGUUGCUUUCAGUGCCGGUGCAGCUGGAUCACAAAACAUCUGGACUCUCCUUAUUCUUCGGUUCUUCGCAAGUGGAUUUGGAUCUAGUCCGCUAACAAAUGGGGGCGGUGUCAUUGCAGACCUCUUUCCAGCGCGGCAGCGCGGUCUAGCAAUGACUAUUUUCACUGCUGCCCCAACAAUGGGACCUGUUAUCGGACCUAUCGUCGGAGGCUUUUUAGGAAUGACUGAGGGUUGGAGAUGGAUUCAAGGAGUAAUAGCUAUCUUCUCUGGGGUUCUAUUCUUUGUUAAUAUUGCCGUCGUACCGGAGACCUAUGCGCCUGUUCUGCUCAGGAAAAGAGCACAAAACCUGUCGAAGAUGACGAGCAAAGUGUACGUUUCGAUAGCGGACGCCGAACGAAAUAGGAUUUCGCUUGGUGAGGCCAUCUUGGUAGGCACGAAACGACCAUGGAUGCUGCUUUUCCGCGAGCCUAUCGUCUUUCUUUUGUCUCUAUACGCGGCUAUUGUAUAUGGCACACUUUAUAUGUUUUUCGCAGCCUACCCUAUUGUUUACCGCUUAGGCCGCGGAUGGAAUGCAGGCAUCAGUGGUCUUCCUUUCAUUGGAAUAGCCAUUGGUAUGAUGGGUGCAAUGGCCUACACCGUUUUCUACGAAAACAAGCGUUAUAUUCAAUGCAUGAAAAGGUCGGCCUCCGGAUUUGCUGCACCCGAAGAUCGAUUACCGCCAGCUAUGGUUGGCGGUAUUGCUCUGCCAAUCGGUCUUUUCUGGUUUGCCUGGACGAAUUCUCCAUCUCUCCCAUGGGCAACAAGUGCAACAGCUGGAAUACCAUUUGGUUUUGGUAUAGUGAUGAUCUUGUUGAGUAUCAUGAACUACCUUAUCGAUGCAUACACGAUCUUUGCAGCUUCAGCUUUAGCGGCCAACAAUACCCUUCGUUCAGCCUUUGGUGCAGCCUUCCCUCUCUUUACUACGCAGAUGUACUCUAAACUAGGUAUUCAUUGGGCUUCCUCAAUCCCGGCAUUCCUUGCUGUAGCGUGCCUCCCUCUCCCGUUUAUCUUCUAUAAAUACGGUGCUACUAUCCGCAAGAAAUGCGUGUACGCCGCCCAAGCGGAUGAAUACAUGCAAAAAAUUCGCGGCUAG